AUGGAUAGAGCAGUCUUCGGCAGCACUCAGCAGCUCCACUACUCGCAGCGCCAGUCAUCCUACGACUCAUCCUCAUCAGCCUCCAACGGCAGCGGCACCACUUCGUCGGACAAUCAGCAGCACCAGCUGGCGGCGGAGGUGCCGAAGAAGCGGACCGGGAGGAGGGUUUUCAGGGAGACGCGCCACCCGGUUUACCGAGGCGUGAGGAGCCGCAAAGGCGACAAGUGGGUCUGCGAGCUCCGCGAGCCAACCACCGGGACCCGCGUCUGGCUCGGAACUCACGCGACCGCCGAGAUGGCAGCCCGGGCCCAUGACGUGGCAGCACUGGCGUACCGCGGGAAGUCGGCCUGCCUCAACUUCGCCGACUCCGCCUGGCGCCUCCCCGUUCCCGCUUCCACCGAUCAGUUGGACGUGAGGAGGGCGGCGGCCGAGGCCGCCGCGAUCCAACAGCUUCAUCAGAGCUCAGAGUCCUCCUCAUCGUCACCAAGCGGCAAGACGUUGCCGGGAAAUCAGCAGCACCAGCUGGCGGCGGAGAUGCCGAAGAAGCGGACCGGGAGGAGGGUUUUCAGGGAGACGCGCCACCCUGUCUACCGAGGCGUGAGGAGCCGGAAAGGUAGCAAGUGGGUCUGCGAGCUCCGCGAGCCCAACACCGGGACGCGCGUCUGGCUCGGAACUCACGCGACCCCGGAAAUGGCGGCCCGAGCUCAUGACGUGGCGGCACUGGCGUACCGCGGGAUGUCCGCCUGUCUCAACUUCGCCGACUCCGCCUGGCGCCUCCCCGUUCCCGCCUCCGCCGAUCAGGAGGACAUCAGGAGGGCGGCGGCGGAGGCCGCUGAGAUGUUCCGCCCCGCCGGCCCCGCGACGCCGGCGGAACAGGUAGAGGAAUGUAAGGACAAUGGUGAUGACAUUGAUAGCAGCAACGACACUAAUAUUGUUUUGCGUAAAGUGGAGGCUGAGGAGGAGGAGGAGGAGGAGGAGCUUGAGAUGCCGAGGUUGCUGUCGGAAAUGGCGGAAGGACCGCUGCUGUCCCCGCCGCCGAGCUAUGGAUAUGGAGGCGGGCGGGGAGGCGUGGAGGAGAGCUGCGAUUGCGACGCUAAUGGUGGGUACGAUUGGACGUUAUGGAAUCAUUAG